AGCAUACAAGCCAUAUAGCAAAUUGCUUAGGGUGUCCAUCGAUAGAGGGAUCUUUCCAGGAUACUCGUCCCUAAAAGAUAUCUGUGUCUAUAGAAAAGACGGUCAUUAUCGUAACUGCGUUCUCCUGAUUUCACAGAGCAUGCGCCCCACGCAUUAUACGAGAAAAAUGUCAUGUAAAAUGUGAACGAAAUGAAUCAGUUCUUGAUACGACGUUGUCAUAAGAAUCAACAUGAACGUCGGUCGAGGUAGACUAUUACUUAAACAAUUUCCAUUUCAAUUUUCAAUUAUUCUUAACAAUUAAUCAAUCAAUAUAUCCUAUAAUUUUCAUCUUCCUCUUUUUAACUAAUGUUCAUUAUAAAAAAUGUCACAAUAAUCAUUGAUACAAUCAUUGAUCAUAAUCUUGCAAUGACAUAUUUCCAAAGUACAUAUCGUGAAUAUAAUUUCUUGUUCUUUUUCUUUUUUUAUCUCUCUCUCUCUCUCUCUCUCUCUCUCUCUCUCUCUCUCUCUCUCUCUCUAUCUAUCUAUCUAUCUAUCUAUCUAUCCUCGAAUGAGAUCCUAAAAGUUCUCAGAAUUAAAUAAUAUAUCAUAUUGAUCCGCACGUUGUGGUCACGCGAUCGUGACCAACGGAUAUGUCAUUCACGAUAAUUCCUGUAUAUUUCCAAAAUUAUUGCACGCCUAAUACCUGUAAUCUAAUGCGAUUAUACUAACGCGUCCUAUGUUAACGAAAGUUUCGCAAGUGGAAUACGCUUGCGGAUGGAACUUAUACACGAUGAAAUUCAUUGGAAUUUGGCCAGAGGAGAGAAGGUUCGAUCAAAUCUCGAGCUACAAAGUGUUAAUAGGGAUUGCAUUCAUCAUCUUGUUCUGCACUAUACCUCAAUCGAUAGUAUUAUAUUUCGAUCGAGACGACUUCGACUUGAUUAUGGAAAAUCUAUCUGUGGACAACAUGAAUGGAACGAUCGCAUUCAUAAAGAUGAUAUUCUUCUGGUCUAGCGGAGGACAAAUGAAGGAUCUUCUUUCCGCAAUGGAGGAAGACUGGAAGGAAGUGACGACGAAAGAAGAUGAAAAGAAGAUGAUGAAACUAGCGAAAUUCAGUAGGAUUUUAGCUACGAGAGCAACCGCUAUUUGUUACGCCCUUAUUGCGGUUUAUGCUAUGAAAAGAUGUCUAUCGAUGCGUACCGACGGUCGUGUUCUAUUUCUCUCGGCAUAUUUUCCAUUCGAGACAAUGACUAGUCCAAUGUUCGAAUUGACGUUCAUCUGUCAAAUAAUUGGUUCGGUAUAUUAUACCACAGCGUAUACAGCAGUGGAUACUUUCAUAGCCAUGUUGAUUCUUCAUGUAUGCGGACAACUUUCGAGGCUACAAAACAAUCUGAUCAAUUUGAAUUCCGAUAUGAAAAAUGAAUUUCAGAUCAAAUUAAGUUACAUUGUAAAAAGGCACAAUUAUUUGAACAGAUUCGUCGACACGAUAGAGGAUCGAUUCAACAUAAUGUUUCUCUUUCAAAUACUCGGCUGUACCCUUCAAUUGUGCAUCGAAUGUUUUCAAGGACUUCUGGUAAAAUUCGAUAAAAUAGACAGAUUCGUUUUGUGCAUCUCUAUAUCCGUCUACAUGUAUAUCUUAAUGGCCGAAGAAGUAGAACAAAUGCCGUUAGUAGAGAUCUUUUUCUUCGGUUUCUACAUAUUCUACGUUCUACUUCAACUAUAUCUUUACUGCUACGUCGGUGAAAAACUUUGGUCCGAGCUACCGAAUACAAAUUUGUCCUUUCAGAGUACCGAACUUGCUCGUGCCGCAUACGAAUGUAAAUGGUACGAUUUACUACCGAACGAGGCCAGAUCCCUGAUAUUGAUAAUACGUCGAGCACGAAUACCAUUGCGCCUGACAGCUGGCAAAUUUUGUAUUUUCAAUCAUGAACUUUACAGCACCGUUUUAAAGACAUCAAUGGGUUAUCUAUCUGUUUUGCGUGCGACAAUGAUAAAAGAUGAAUAAUAUUUUACAAGAUAAUUUAAAAAUUAUUAUAAUAUCCUAGAAUCGAAUAUUUUCAAAAAAAUUAUAUCUAGAUUAUAUUUUGCUCGUAGUUUAAUUCGAGGGUUUAUUAAAUCAUAAUCCUGACAAAUUUAUAUAUAUAUAAAGUUGCUACACUUGUAGUUUUACAAUCUGAAGAAAUAUUUUGCCUAAAACGUUUCGAGAAAGGAUAAACGAUUUUUUAAAAAUUACCUAGGAACUUUUGCCUUGAACUAGGAAAAAUUGCCUUGAAACUUUUCAUUCCCCCUAAAUCAUAAUUCAUAUUUUCUCGUUGAAUAAAACGAAUAGCGUUAAAAAAAAAAAAAUUAGUAAAUUAAUCUACAUCUCUAGACACUAAUAACA